AUGGAUGCCGAAGCUUCAACACCUCCGCUUGAGCUCGAGCGCUCCAUUUCACAAGCGUCUGUCCACUCGACCAAAUCGCAGAGAUCGGCGACGGUGCGCGCGACCAGCAGGAGGAGAGGCAAACUGACAUCACAACCUUCCAGCUCCGCCACCUCGAUCGCCGAAUCAGACAAAUCCCUCGUCUCCUUCCCGAGCUUCUCGCCCGUGUCCCCACGCGACGACGCACCCAGCACCCCGUCCUCGCCGUCGCCCGCCCCGGCCGCGGACGGCGCAGAGGAGACCACCCCGAGCGCUGCCGUCCCGCACAUCCAGCCGCCGCCGCCGCUGCGGGAAGAUGCACCGACGCGGCCCCCCUCCGCCAUCGUCGAGACGCUCCUGACGACUGCCGACAAGCCACUGCCCUCCUCGACCCGGCCGCGGACGGCUCUCUUCGAGGAUGACGCACCCGUGUUCCAGCAGAACCUGCCGGGUGCGCUGCACGUGGCUGACGACGCGCACAUCAAGCGGCUCAUAGAGCGGCAUGGCGCCCUCGGGCUGGUGCGCUCGAUAGCCGAGGACCUGGCCGCGCGUGACGCGCAGAUAACCGCGCUGCGGCGGCGGUCUGAGGAGCGCGAGAGGGCCUUGCGGAAGAUCAUACUGGAGUGUGGGCUGUCGAACAUGGACCUCGAGACGAGGCUCAAGGCCGUCGAGCGAGAGGCAAGGAACUCGGGGGGCAGGAAGGGGGGCGUGGAGGAGCUGGUGGAGGACGCCAUGUCGGAAGACUUUGUGCACAACUCGGGACUGUUCGUAGAGGAGAACGGGGCCACGAUCCGGGCUAGGAACACGUCGAACGCGGCAGACACUGACAACAAGGGCGCAUCAAAGGGUUGGAAGGAUUAUCUUUGGGGUCCUAGCAAGAACACGAGCAGCAGGGCAAGCAGUGUCAACGGUGACACUGGCAAGCAGACAGUCAUCAGGGCGCCGGCGCCUGACCGGAGGCCAACAAUACAGGAGGACCUCUUCAGCCCGCCGGAGCAGGCCUCGGUCAGGAGCUCGAGCCGGGCUUCGAGUAUACACUCUGUGAAUACCAACAGGAAGCCGUCCCUGGCGAGCUCUGUGCUGCGGAUGGUCGCGGGCGGCGGGGCAACUGUGGGACGGGACUCCGAGUCUAGAGGGCGAGCCAACAGCUCGAACGCAGCCGGCUCACUACGGACGCCAUCUGCCUCGAGCGCAAAGACGAGUGCCUCCGCCAGAGCUGUCCCUACCCAGAACCAGGGAGGUCCUAAAGGGGCUCUGGCGGCCAUGCGCCGCACCGCUACUCAGCACAACAUACAGACCGUCUCCUCGGCGCGCAACCAGACGCAGGAACGAUGGGACACUAUGGCGACAGACCCGUCAGGUGAACUACUUGCACGUCCGGAGACGUAUGGACCUGUUGAGAUGGACAGCAUUCUCCCGCCUGAGGAACAGCCGCCCACACUCACGCGACUUUAUAACAACUACAGCGGCUCAGAGUACUUGACCGACCGAUUCGGGUUUAUUUACGACCAGCGACGGAAGAAGCGGCAGCGGGAGGCUCAGCAGGUGGCGAAACAAUUCAAAAGAGGGAGUCGCACAGAAAUGCUGUCCAAUGGCAGGGCCAACAUGUCGCCCGUGUCCACGGAGGACGGUGGCAGCAUCAAGUGGGAUGCCGGAAGCGACGACCGACCGAGCACGCCGUCCUCGGCGGAGGAGGCCCGAGAAGAAAGCAAGCCUAAGAGGUGGCAGGACUAUCUGAAGAUUGCGACAUUCCCCACAGAGUUGCUAUCGCAUACACCGUCCAUCAGUGCGCCUACGAUCGAGGUCUUGGAAGGCGGCGAAGUACACGAGGUACCCGAGGUACCCAGAUCUCCUGGUUUGAUUGCUGCUGAGGACGACCGUGGAUUCAUACCACCUGCGAUCACCGCCACGGCCGCUGUGAGUGAAGAGCCGGUAACCGUGACGGAGGAGCCAGCGUCCGGCACCCUUGUCAAGGAAGAUGCCGAGCCGGUCAGAAUCCUGCUGCAGCAGCUUAGCGAGGUGCACGACGGCCUACAGCGGGAGAAGACGGUCCGAUGGAACGACUUCCUGCGCAAGGUCAGGGCAGAGCGGCGCCGCGAGGGCGAAGCUGCCAACGCCUCUGCCGCAGAAGCUGCCGCGGCACGAUUUCAGAAAGCCACGGCGAUGAUGCCCGAGGCGCGCGUGGCUGACGGCGAGCUGAUUGGCGUCGCGAACUGGGCCAACAAGGGCAAGGUCGGCCGGGCGAAGUGGAACGAAUUCAACCGCCUGGUGCUUGGCGGCAUACCCGUCUUGAUAAGAUCCAAGAUCUGGGCCGAGUGCUCUGGCGCGCUUAAUCUGCGCGUCCCAGGCUACUACGAUGACCUUGUCAACCGCGCAGAGGUGGAUGACAACCCAGAAGUGGCACAGCAGAUCCGCGCUGACAUCAACCGGACCCUGACCGACAACAUCUUCUUCCGCAAGGGGCCGGGCGUGCAGAAGCUGAACGAGGUGCUUCUGGCGUACUCGCGCCGCAAUCCGGACGUCGGCUACUGCCAGGGUAUGAACCUCAUCACUGCCAACCUCCUUCUCAUCAUGCCCUCCGCCGAGGAGGCCUUCUGGAUUCUCGUCUGCAUCAUCGAGAAGAUCCUCCCGUCAGGCUACUACGACCACAGCCUCCUCGCCUCCCGCGCGGACCAGCAGGUUCUGCGCGGCUACGUGGCCGAGGUCCUGCCUCGGCUCUCGGCGCACUUUGACGAGCUGGGCAUCGCGCUCGAGACGAUGACGUUCCAGUGGUUCCUCUCCGUCUUCACCGACUGCCUGUCUGCCGAGGCGCUAUUCCGGGUGUGGGACGUGGUGCUGUGCUUCGGCGACGGGAGCACGUUCCUGUUCCAGGUGGCGCUGGCCCUCCUCAAGCUCAACGAGCAGCAGCUCCUGGGGUGCGACAGCCCCGCGGCGGUCUACACGUACAUCAACCACCAGAUGACGAACCACGCCAUCAGCAUCGACGGCCUGAUCCAGGCCAGCGAGGGCCUCAGGAGGGUGGUGAAGCGAGAGGACGUCGACGGGCGCAGGGAGAAGGCCAUCGAGGCGGAGCAGGAGCUGGUCCGGCAGCGGGAGGAGAGGCUGAGGGCUUAUAAGGAGAGGAAGGCCGCGGCUGCAGCUGCAGCUGCCUCGGCGACGGCUACGGCUGUGGCUGACAAGGCUGUGGAGGUCCAGCCUGCCGCGCCCGAGGGCGAGGACACGGCUACGGCGGAGGCGGUACCUGCUGAGAGCUCGCCGGUGGAGAUUACCGUCCAGGAGCCGGCGCCGACACAAGAGGAGGCCGGCUAA